UUUUAAAAGAAAAUGGCGGCGUUUGUUUUGAUGCUAGAAAGCUCUCUGUAAAGGUGAAAUUUGUUGUGUGUAUUCAAAACCUGUUCCUUCCUAACUAUCUGAAAGAGAAAUUUGAAGCAUUGGUUGAUCACUUCCUGAAAUUUUAUUGUAGACAUACCAGUACUGAUAAAAUACAAAUUACACAUGCAGCUUUCAUAACAAUCACAAGCCAUGGAGAUUGAAGUUAUCGUUCAAAGUAUUCUGCCCUCUGAAGGACCACAGGGCAGAUAUAGAAUUAAAAUGAACCCUAACGAAAAUGUUGAACAAUUAUUGAGACGGAUCUGUGCAGAAGCCCAUGUUCCUUUAAAGCCAUCUUACUGUAUACGUCAUGCGGCAAAUAAAUUAUUACCAAGGGAAGCUACAUUAUCUACAUGUAAUGUACGCAGUGGAGAGGUUGUCCAUUGGACUGAUGAAGAUCAUAUAUUUAAAAAAGAUAGAGGAUUUAACACUAUAUGGUUUAUGUGUGUACUUAGUUUAUUGAUUGGCGCUAUUGGACUUAUUACUGUUAGUGUAUUAAAAUCAGAAGUACCAAAUAAAGAAUUUGAUUAUGGUAUAGUUAUGGAUGCUGGAUCAUCCCAUACAUCAUUAUAUAUAUAUAAAUGGGAUGGUGCUAAAUAUAAACAAACGGCUGAAGCAUCCCAAACUGGUGAAACAUGUAAAGCGCCAGGUAAAGGUAUAUCAUCAUAUGCAGCAAAUCCUGAAGGCUUGACUGAUGGAUUGAGACAUUGUUUAGACUUUGCUAAAACCACAAUACCAGAUGAUAAAUGGAGUUCAUCUCCAGUAUAUCUUGGAGCUACAGCUGGUAUGAGAUUAUUAAAUGAAGUUAAUUCCAAUCAAAGUAGUGCUAUUUUGAUCGAAGUUCGUAAAACAAUACAAGAAUAUCCAUUUAAUUUCACGGAUCCUGUCAGACAAGCUAGAAUUAUUAGUGGAGAAGAAGAAGGAACAUUUUCCUGGGUUACAAGUAAUUACAUCAGUAAAUCACUUAAUGGUAAGAACCCACUGCCAUCAGAAUUAAAUGCUGUAAAAUCUAAGACUAUUGGUGCUUUAGAUAUGGGUGGUGCGUCAGCUCAGAUAUCUUUUAUACCAGCUAAUUCUACAAGCAUGCCUGCUAACUACAGUAAUACAGUGCGAUUAUAUGGUGAAAAUUAUACUCUCUAUACACACAGUUUUCUUUGUUAUGGAGUAAAUGAAGCUAUAAGAAGAGUUCAGGCAGCUUUAGCAGCACAACAGAAUUACAAUUUAACAGUUAAAGAUCCAUGUGCACCAAAAGAUUUUGUUAUUAACACAACAUAUGAGAAUGUAUUUAAAGCACCAUGUUCUAGUGGUAGACAUGCUAUAGAAACUUACGGUUAUAAUAUAGAUUUACCUGCAGAUAUCACAGAUAUGAAUGAAACAUUCCAUUUUGUAGGGGAAAGUAAUGCUACUGCAUGUCAGGCAUUUGUAGAAGAAAAUUUAUUUAAUUUUACCGAAUUCUGUAAUUAUAAACAAUGUUCAUUUAAUGGACAGUAUCAACCAGAUGUUUUUGGUGAAUUUUAUGCAUUCUCCAGUUUUUAUUUUGUGACAACAUUUUUAAAUCUAACACAAGAUAAUAAACAAUUUACGUUAGAAGAAUUUAAAAAGACUACUGAGGAAUUCUGUUCUAAAACCUGGGAAGAGGUAGAAAAUAUUCCUGCUGUAUUACCUAAACAAAGACCAUGGUAUUGUUUUCAGGCUAACUACAUUAUAACUAUGUUAACGAAAGGUUAUAAAUUUAAUGAUGAAAACUGGAAUACAUUAAGAUUUGUUGGACAGAUAGAGAAGACAGAUAUUGGAUGGGCUUUAGGUUUUAUGUUAAAUGAAAGUAAUCAGAUACCUGUUAGUAUAGUAGUUGAUCCUUUUAGUACUACACUCUUUGUUUUAUUAGUUAUUCUCUUUACUCUAUUUAUUAUUGUAUCUAUUGGUUUUGCCUGUCAUGCCCGUAGAAAUAUUAAAACUAAAGGGCGAGUCAAUUCAUUAUUUUCUAAUUACGGUGCAGUGUAAUUUAUAUUGUAUUUUUAAAGAGGCAUCAGUGCUUGAAUUAAUUUUUAUUUCGAUUUGAGAUCACCUGACUUUACAGUUAGAUUGGGCUGGUAAUUAGUUUGCCAAGCCAUCACUGAGAUAGGCAUGCUUUAACUUUUAUUCAUAUCAUAUGCUAGUUUGUUUAAAUGUAAAUCAAUGCACGUGACUUGAGGUCAUAUUCACCUUUAGCUAAAGUCUUUCUUCAUUGAAAUAUUAAUUUCUAGUAAAUCCACUAUAUUAAAAUUGAAGUUUUUGAACUUUUAAAUCGUUAUUGUAUAAUAUGGACUUGACGUGAUUUUAAUUUUAAUAAUGAAAAAAAUAUGUACAUUGUUAGUUGAAGAUUAUUUUUAAGAUGAUUGUCAGGGAAAUAAAACAAACAUUUAAUUCAUGAUAGAAAUAAGGUUUAUAUGUCGUUUUAAUGUCUGUAAAAGAUUUUUCUGAUGAUUGUCAUAAACUAAUGGUAAUUAUUACAUUGUAACAUUGGGUAACGGUAAUUAGUAAUAGUUUUUUCAAUAAAUUAUUUAGCCAUGUACUAUCCCUACUAAAAAGAAAAGAGCUUUUGUAUGGCAUGAACAAUGUUAACUACAAAAUACUCUUCAAAAUGUCGGCAAAAUAAAAUAGUAAUAUUUGUUCUUCCAAUUGUUGUUAUAGUUUUUUUCACUUAAUUAUUAUUAUUUAAAGACGUGUUAUGUAAAAUUUAGAUAAAGAGCUAGUCGUUCUUGCUAUAAAAUUUCAAAAAUAGAUUAUGCAAAAUGAAUAUAUUAAAAAUCUCAUUCAAAUUACUUUAUUCUGAGAGAAGAUAUUAGCCUUUGAUUGUAAUCACUGUACCGGUUGUUCGAAGCUUAGCCUCACUUCUCCAUUUUUAAAUUAAAUCAUUAAUAUGGCAUGGAGAAUUCAUUAUGAUCUUGUCAUGUUAAGAAAUGUCUAAUUAAUAGUUUAUGUAACAUUUAAGGCCUAAAGAAAGACCUGCAGUAGGCAGAUUUAGCUCUUGCAUAAUGCCUGUUUAAGAUUUACCCAUGUGAUGGAAAUCACCUCGGGUAAAAUAUAUUCCUUUGUACAAUUAAAUAUUUCAAGGCAUAAAAAAGUUAUCUCCUGAAAUCCGUACUUUUACGAUAAUUCAAGUUUUGUAUUUGACCAAACAAUUAGUCACAGUUUGGGUAUUCACACACAUAAAUAUGUCCGUUGACCGUUAUAUUUUGUUUCUAUUUAUACUUCCCAGCCAGAUUGCUUUUUGUAUUGCAAAUACAAGUAAACAGGUUGAUAUUUCAAGUGGGAACUUUUUUAUGCAUUGUACAAUAGAUUUUGGAGGUAAUUUCAAACAUAUAGGUUAAUAACCAUAAUUAAGUAGUUUGUUCAUACAGUCUAUUUAUUAACAUGUCAUAUUCGAUGAUAAUAUGUGCACUCCUGAAUAUCUUUAAAACUUAUCAUUCAAAUAAACACGGUACUUGACAAUCGAGACUGAGCCUCAAUUAUCUAUUUUAUCUUUAAAUCUUGUGGGUGUUCAUAUCCAUUUAAAUCGUGGUCACCCAAUAGUCUAGAGAGUUAAUUUUAGGCUUAACUCAUGUGAAUUAAUUUCUAAAUAAUAAUCAAUCUGAUCAAAAUACAGAUCUAUACUCCGUUUGUUUUUUUAUACGGGUUAUAUAACAACUCUUACAAAUCCCAGUGUAGUAAAGACAAGUAAACAAAAUUUUGAACUAUUAAAACAUCGAAACGAAAUAGGAUCUGGGUUUUAAUCAGAUUGAAUAAUUGAAGCCAGAAAAACAACCCUGCAAGAGGCAGGUUUAACUCUAUACAUUUUUGAUUAUAUUAUUCUGUAGCAUUGUCAUAUUAAUAUCUCUACUUCAUGUCAAAUUCCAAUACCAGAUUUUCAUAAAAUUAUGGUUCCAUUUUUUUUGUUUGUGAUGUCAUUUAUUGUUAAAUUUUAAUGAAAGUGAUACAGAAGUCUGUGAUGUAGAAUGAUAUGCAAAUAAAUUUAUAUUUUAUUUAA